UUACAAGAUUGGCAAUAAGGAUGAAAUGCAUACUACCAAAAUCCCUAAAAAUGUGAUCUUAAUCCAACCAUAGAAAUGAGCUACCACAUGACUAUGAGUGCAUCUUUAUGGAAUUGGAAUCCAAGUCCGCACUCCGCACCCAACCAACUACCAUUCUUCUUUCAUGUUGUAUUUGGUAAUAUGUAUGGCUAUGGCAGGAGAAGAUUUGGGUUUAAAGAAUAGUUGAGACGGCGUCAGUUGUGUUAAUCAAUCAACCUUCUCUUCUCUGAUCUCUCCAUUUGAUUCUCUAUUUCACCAGAAACACAUAUUGCUGCCUGUUUGUUUGUUUGUUUGUUUGUUUCAAAUCACUCAAUACCGCAUAUCCAUGUCUUCAUCAUCUUAGUCUUUCGCCUUUGCCCUUCAUCCAUCUUCCCCAGAACACAUAGUAAGCUCCAAAACUACCCUAAAUAUAUAUGUCUUACUUGCAGCCAUAGGGGAAAAGUAUUUAAAAAAGGAGCAUCACCCUCGUGCCUCAAACUGGAAAAUGAUUCUCAAAAACUUAUUCUCUAGGUGAUCAUAGAGAGACGCCAUGGUGUCUGCCACUGGGGUUGCUACUGCACAGCCUCUUUUUUCUUUUGGAUUGAUUUCUGAUGUCCAAUACGCUGACAUUCCUGAUGGUCGCUCAUUCCUCGGUGUUCCGCGGUAUUAUAGGCAUAGUUUUCUUGUAUUGCAGAGAGCAGUUAAAGAAUGGAAUACUCAUCAGAAGCAUAAGUUUGUGAUUAAUUUAGGAGAUAUUGUUGAUGGAUUUUGUCCUAAAGAUCAAUCUAUUCAUGCUGUAAAGAAAGUUGUGGAUGAAUUUGGAAUGUUCAGGGGACCUGUGUAUCAUAUGAUUGGCAAUCACUGUCUUUACAAUCUUCCUCGAAGCACGUUGCUUCCAUUAUUGAAUAUCCAAACCCUUGAUGGUUGUGCUUACUAUGAUUUCUCACCUGUGCCUGAAUAUAGAUUUGUAGUUCUGGAUAGCUAUGACAUCAGUGCCAUUGGUUGGCCUCAAGAUCAUCCAAGAACAUUGGAGGCCAUGAAAUUGCUUAGGGAGAGGAAUCCAAAUGAAGAUAAGAACAGUCCAACAAAUAUGGUGGGGCUUGAAAGAAGGUUUCUUAUGUUUAACGGAGGUGUUGGAAAGGAACAGAUGAAAUGGUUGGAUGGUGUUCUCCACGAUGCAACCAAUUUGAAACAGAAGGUUGUUGUCGCAUGCCAUCUGCCUCUAGAUCCUUGUGCAGCAACUGAGGAGGCACUAUUGUGGAAUUGUGAUGAAGUGAUGGAUUUGAUACACAGAUACAAUUGUGUUAAGGUUGUUCUUGCUGGGCAUGAUCAUAAAGGUGGGUAUUCCAUUGAUUCUCAUGGGGUACACCAUAGAGUUCUUGAAGCUGCUCUUGAAUGUCCUCCUGGCACAGAUGCAUUUGGAAGCGUUUAUGUCUAUGAUGACCGGAUAUCACUUGUAGGAACUAAUAGAAUGGCAAGUACUGACAUGCAUUUUGAUCACCAAACUUCAAUUUGUAUGACAUGAUGUUUGGAAGAUGCAAAUUCUUCAAUUAACAAUUAAUAGAGUAUACCUAUGAUCUCGUUAGAGUAUUACAUAAGUUGGAAUAACGCAGUUGCGACUGGUACCUGUAACUUGCAAGUUCUUGAACCAACAUGGUUCUUCCUUUUGAGAGAGGCAGGAAUGCAACAUGCAGCAUUGUUGGGGUACUACCUCACCUAUGUGAUUUGUUAAUUGGUCUUAUAAAACUGUCGUGUAAUUUUGCUUAAUUGCUUGGUAUAUUUUCGGUUAAAACCUUGUUGUGAUUAUGUAACUGCUGUUAUGUAUUAUUAGAGUUAUUUGUAUAUUUUUAUCACUUUUCCAUACUGAAUUAGUGCUUAUACGA